AAUUUUUUUAUUUUUUUUUUUGAUAUAUUCAAUUUUUUUUUGCAACGCUGCACUAAAAAACAUCAACAGCCUUUAACUACAAUAUCAACCAUCAAAGAUAUCCAUUCAUCAUCCCUAAUGACAUGUCAUAUAUCGAUGAUAACGAUAUCAAAAAAUCAUACUAUGAUAUCCUAGAAAUAUCCCCCUCAUCAACAGAUUCGGAAAUCAAAAUAGCAUACCGUGAAAAACUCCUCUCUACCCAUCCAGAUAAACAAUCCAAUCCUACUUCCACAACCACUUCUUCUUCUUCUUCUGAAAUUGAGGUGAUUAAAGAUGCAUAUAGAACAUUGAUAGACCCCAUACUAAGGAAAACAUACGAUGAAUCAUUAUUAAAGUCCAUCCAGAGACAAGGAUUCAACGUCACGGGCGAAGGCUUGGAUAUCUACGAUUUAAAUGAUUUCGAUAUGAAUGAACAAUCAGAUGACAGUUUGAUUUGGUAUAAAGAUUGUCCAAGAUGUCAUUCCUUAAAAAGUAUAUGUUUGACUGAAACUGAUUUAGAAGAACAUGGUACUGAAGAUGGUAUUGGUGGUUACAAUAUAAUCGUUCAAUGUUCAAGUUGCAGUCUUUGGAUAAAAGUUACUUACGAAGAAUCUAUCGACGAAGAUGAUUAGAUACUUAUAUAUAUUGUACAUUAGA